AAGCAAGCCAUCUAAAAUCCAUUUUUAAUGUGCGUUGUUGAAUACACGAAUGUCAUAAAAAAAAGUCGGCCAAGCCUACCGAUUCCACAUCAAAAGAGGCGCAAACAUCUCCAGAGGGUUGUACAUAUGUUUUCAUACACAAAAUAAAGCAUUUGUGUAUUGUCUUCCUACAGCUUGUGACUCGUGUAAACACACUGUGUAAAACAAAUUCUUUGAAUACAAAUCAUACAUCUUGCGUAGCAACGAUACUCCACCCUAUUCUAUUUGGUUGCCAGAAGCUGAGGACUAUAUUCUCUGAAGAUUGAUAAUAACUGAAGAUGCGAGUUCUUACUGUAAGCCAUGCAACAGAUUUAAAAAAAGCUUGAGUUUUUUCUCAUUUUUGAAAGAACGUUUUACCAGUAUCAGACAUUGUAAUACAUUAUACAAUGGAUAAUUGGGUCGAUUAUGAUGAUGGUCUUUUAAAUGGUAUAAAAGAUCAGUGCGGCCGUCUACCAGUACCGGACUUCGGUGACAAUUUAGAAACAAAACCACUUCUGGAAGAUAUUGAUUCUUAUUUGAAUAAAAAUUCUGCACUGAUAACGAGUAAAGAAAAGGCAGAGGAAAGUAUUGGUAGUUGCAAUCUAUCAAACAGUAUUAAAGAGGGCGUUCCCAAACUGGAAGGUGGAAUUCCAUUGGAGAAUUGCUCGAACCAAGGACACACAAGUAGUAUGGCAACAUAUGUGGUUAAAGAUAAUGUUGCAAACUCCACCGUUAAACAUGAACCUCCUCAUAACUCUGCGACAAAUGUUUUCGCACCAGUUAUGAUCGCACCUGGUAUAAUGGGAUUUGAUGCUACGAUACGGCCGAUGUUAAAGCCCGUCAAAAGAGGGAGGCCUCGAAUCCAUCCUGUGAAACCAGACAACGGAAUAAAACGUAAACCAGGGAGACCAAGGAUACACCCAGUCAAGCCAAACGAUGGCAUAAAGCGAAAACCUGGACGGCCGCGCAUUCAUCCACUAAGGCCAGGAGAAACUGAGCAUCCCGCACGAAAGGCUCCAGUUACUCCUGUUAUUAGGUAUAUAAGGCCAAAACCAGAUCCGUCGCUAAUGGUGUUCACUGGUGCAAUACCGCACACAUUUAUACCCACUACCAUUACAAAUUCCAUACAGUUACCUUCACCGCAACAGCGCACACCAGUGAGAUUUCUUCCUCCACUGGCUGCAAUUGACCCGAUCACAGGCAAAAGGAAGCGAGGCAGACCACGAAUACACCCUAUCAAAUUCCAUGACGGUAUAAAACGCAAACCAGGAAGGCCAAGGAAAGUACCGUUGCCAGAAAGUCACGCAAUUAAAACAGUCCCACCGCCUGUAUAUCAACACGAUGUGAAUGUGAUUGAGAAAAAAUUCACCCCGUCUUCGCGAAGUUCAGAGUUGAUUGAAAAAGUUGAUGUUGUUGAGGAUAAAGAUCGUCGAUUUAGCAUUGAGGCGGCGGUACCCGAGAGUGAAUGUAAACCGUUUAUGUGCGGGGCAUGUGGUGACUGUUUCCGCACCUCAGAUGAACUUAUGUCCCAUGUUGUCAAACAUGAAGAGGAAACAGAUGAAAUGCAAGGUCACAAUGUGGAAGAAAAUGGGGAUGGUAGUCGGUGGCCAACCGACGCCACAAAUCAAAGGGAAUUAAUAGAUAACGGAAGGGAUUCACCGAGCGAUAGUCUGCCAAGUGAAGGUCCGCCAAAACCGCUGUUCAGUCAUGGCGAACAUAUGAGAAAAUCAGCAACAUUGUCACGUGGUACUUAUGCUUAUUCAAAAGACGCACAACAACAUGAACAAAAUGCAGGCACGAGUAGAAACGAAGUUUCAACUUGUAGUUGAGACUAAGGGUUAUUUUUUUUUAUAAUGAAGUAAAGGUUUUUAUGAUAAGACAGCACUUUUUUUUAACUGUACAUACACUGUAACAUUGAACUGAAGGCAAUUAGACUUGAAUGGGGUGGGGAUUGUUGUCAAAUAUUUGGUGAUAUAACACUAAACAUUCACAUAGGUAUUUAGCUGGGUGCAUGUUUGGCCGACAUAUCCACUUCCCCGACAUAUCCACCUCCGCUCUUUGUUGUUAGCGCUUGACGAUGCAACGCUAUCUGUUGAUUUCUAUGGUGGACAGAGUGGAUCGUCAUCAAAAACGAUCUGCUGUGCGUGCCUCAUUGCGUUGUAUUCCUUAUAUAAUCGCGUCUGGUGUUGACUGUCAGCACAAUGUGUGCUAGGCUUUCCUUAUAGUAAGGGUUUCUAUAAUUGAAACCUUCAUUUGGCAUUAAAGAUACAUUUCCACAAGUAUGUAGAAAAUCAUUAAUAUUAUUCAUGUCAGUUUAGUUUCAUUUGCUUAAGAAUUAUUUGUUUUGAGUUGAAAUCUGUGAUAAAUAAUAUAUUAAUUUUAUAUUAAUUUAUAAAUUAUUAUUUUAUUUUAUUCUUGCUUGAAAAAAAUAUUGUGUUGAAUCGAUAUCUAACAAUAAUAAUUUAUUAUUACAAUAUUCUAUUAUUAGUCUAGAUUUUACACAAUAAUUAAUUUAAUCUAGCAAAACAGAAAACAAUUUUUGAGUUGAGUACGUAUUAAUUCAUGGUUUGCUUAGAAUUUUUCCCAUUUUUCAUACAUUAUAGAAAACAGAUAAAAUUAUUUAAAUUUUAUUGGAGUAUACCAUGCAGAACAUUCUUUAACCCCUUAAAAAGAGAAAUUACAUGAAACAAAGACUUGAUAAAUGAGUCAGUAUUAUUAAAGGUCAUGUGACUCAAAAAUCAGCCAAUCAGGAAUUGGCAUUUUUGGUAUUGAUUCAGGCCUGAUUUCUAUCCACAGUGCAUCCGCCUAUCUUCUUCCCAUAGACUAUGCGACUAGCUAAUACCAAUUUCAUUUUGAUAACUCCUAGUAGAUUCCAAUAAUUUUCAUGAAUAAUAGUAAUAUUGAAUGACCUUUGAACCUGUAUUCAAAUUAGUAUCGAGAUGAAAAUGCUUGACCUGAAAUACAGCUCUAUGCUAGAGGAUAUUGAUUCAGAACAAGCUUAACUAAAUUAAUAAAUAAUCAUAAUUUAUUUGCAAUUGUAAAUUUUUAAUCAUAAUCGUAAAUUUCACUCUAAUCAUUUAAUUUUAAUAAUUAUCUUAAUAUCAUUUUAUUAAAUUUUUUUUAAAUAAUCAGGAUUUUAAAUUUUAAUUUCAUAUAUCAUAAUUUCAUUUUAAUAGCAAGAUUUCAGUUUUAAUAGCAUAGUAUUCAUUUCAUUUUUAUUGUUUAACAUUAGUAGGCCUACAUUUUAAUUUUUAUUUAUGUUUUUGUUUUAUAAUGAUAUUCAUAAUUGAAAUAAUUAUGAUAUUUAUGAUUUUAUUUUUAAUAUGUAAAUCAUAAUUUUAUUAUUGAUAAGAUCUUUAAUAUUGGUUUAACAAAACAUGUUUGAAUUAUUUUCUUUUAGUUUACGUAUAAAAUUCACAUUUUGUCUCACGGAUGUAACCAACCCUGAAAAAUUGAAAUGAAUGUAUAAAAGUAUUGAUUUCCAAAAAUCAAUCGAAGUAAAACUAAAAUAUGAAUAGUGAUAUAAAUAAUUUCAGUCAAUAUUAUUAUUAAUCAUAUUAUGUGGCCAUCAUAAUUUCAGGUAUUUUGAAUGAAGACAUAUUAACAUUCAUUAAAUAUAUAUAAAAAAAAAAUACCCCUUGCGCUGUUUUUGUGUUGUAACUUAAUUUACUGACUAUCAUAAUAUACUUAGUGCAUAUAUUAUUAUUUUAUAUGUUUGUAUACAUUAACCUAACAGAACACAUCAUAAAUGAAACUAUUGAACAGGAGAUGUAGUAUGAUGCAGUUUUUAUCUUUUUAUGACUAAUCAAUCAAUAAUUUAUGUUUAGAAUUUAUUGUUUAUAAUAAAUGUUUCAUGUUUAUGUA